AUGGAAACUCUUCAUGGUUCAAACACAUCUUCAGCACCUUCAUUUGAAAAGACUGAGCAAGAGCUACUAACUCAUUUACCUCCACCACCAAGCAUGGUUGACCGUAUGGAAGCAAUGGAGUUACAUGCGGAUUCAACACAUACCAACAAGGACCAUCAAGACCUCGCUACCCUAUCACCAACCUCAAACCCGCUACUUUCUUUCAUCUUCAAUACUGCAGCAUCACUAGCAAGCGGUCUUGGUGGAGUAGAUGCGAAUGACGAUGACGAUGACAAGGGCGUAGAUGAACACUCGCCUAAAGAAACUGUUCAAUCUUCUCCACCCGCAGUUGCGGCAUUUCCAGCCAUGACUAUUUUACCAUAUGCACAGCCUAAAACUAGCUUUCCAGUCUCAGUACCAGAAAUAUCAUCCGCCAAGUCGAGUGCAUCUCCAGAUUCAAUUGUUGUAAAUGGUAGUAUCAGCAGUAGCAGGUCCAGACCCACUUCAAUGGAAAGUACUAGCUUGGGAUCAUUCAUAUGGGAUUUUUUUCGUACAGGAGAUACCCCACUACCAUCUACCGCCAGAUCUCCUAUCUCAGCCACAUCGGCCAAUGCAUUCAGGGGCCCAAGUAGCUCACCCAAUCAUCAUACCUCUUCGACACAAAGUCAAGCUCCUCCUGAUGAAUUUCUUGUUGGUGGUCAUUAUAGAGGUGGUUGUGACACUGCAGAUAUAUUCUCUGAUCAUAUCGAAUUGGAUGGUCCACUCCCAGCUUUUUCCGAAACAGGUAUGGCUGCACAUGUUGAUGUAAAAAUUCGUGGAAGAAAUGAGGCAGGUGAAGCAGUCGCAAUUUUGUCGUUUGACAUCAUCAAAGAGUUGCAUGCAUAUCUUCCGCCACUUUUGCGUGAAGCAUCUUCAAUUGAUUUACUGUAUAGCAUUGAGCAGCACGGGAUCAGUUUGAAUACACUUUAUCGACUAUGCGAAGAAGGCGGGCCAUGUUUAAUUGCCCUUCGUGAUACCAACUCGAAUGUAUUUGGCGCAUUUUCCAACGAAAGCCUUGGUCCCAGAUCUGGGUUUUUUGGCAAUGGCACUUGUUUUUUAUGGAAACAGCAUGCUGAAUCUGGCGAGGUUAGUGUGUAUUCCGCAACAGGACUGAACGAGUAUUUGGUACUGAACGAACUUCAUUGUAUUGCGUUUGGCGGAGGAGAAGGUCAUUUUGGUUUGUGGAUUGAUGAUGAAUUGUUUAAUGGACACAGCGGCAGAUGCGAAACGUUUGGCAACGAGAAAUUGUCCAGCUCUUCCAAUUUCCAAAUUGUUGCAUUGGAGAUUUGGGGAUUCAAGAUCUAAAUAGUCGGAGACGUUGAAACUCGAUUUUUAAACAAAAUGAUUCUACAUGAAGCGCAAGUUUUGUAUAUAUGCCGGAUGGAAGUAGACUGGAUACUGAAACAGCAAUAAAUAGGGUAGCAUCAUGAUACCCACAAUAUAG